AUGGCUCAAACCAUGCUGCUUACUUCCGGCGUCUCUGCCGGUCAAUUCUUGAGGAACAAGAGCCCUUUGGCUCAGCCCAAAGUUCAGCAUCUCUUCCUCUCCGGAAACUCCUCGGCUGUUCUACCGACUCGAAGACCAUCAUCAUUGGUUCCUCUCGCUCUCUUCAAAUCCAAACCCAAAGCUGCUCCCUCCAAAAAGUCGAAGUCGAAGUCAAACGUUGAGGACGGCAUCUUCGGAACGUCCGGCGGGAUAGGUUUCACGAAGCAGAACGAGCUCUUUGUGGGUCGUGUCGCUAUGAUCGGUUUCGCUGCAUCGUUGUUGGGUGAGGCGUUGACUGGGAAAGGGAUAUUAGCACAGUUGAAUCUGGAGACAGGGAUACCAAUUUACGAAGCUGAGCCAUUGCUUCUCUUCUUCAUAUUGUUCACUUUGUUGGGGGCCAUUGGAGCUCUCGGAGACAGAGGCAAAUUCGUCGACGAUCCUCCCACCGGACUCGAGAAAGCCGUCAUUCCUCCCGGCAAGAGCGUCCGCUCUGCCCUCGGUCUCAAAGAACAAGGUCCAUUGUUCGGGUUCACGAAGUCGAACGAGUUGUUCGUAGGAAGAUUGGCACAGUUGGGGAUAGCAUUUUCAUUGAUAGGAGAGAUUAUAACUGGAAAGGGAGCAUUGGCUCAACUCAACAUUGAGACCGGUAUACCGAUCAAUGAGAUCGAACCACUCGUCCUCUUAAACGUUGCUUUCUUCUUCUUUGCUGCCAUUAAUCCUGGUAAUGGAAAGUUCAUCACUGAUGAUGGUGAAGAAAGCUAA